CUCCUCGCCCUAUCCUCUCGCUUCCCCCGUCCAAUCCCCACCUCAGCAAGCAAACCCUAAUCGACUGCCACGGAGGAGGCAGGAUCGAAGGUGCGCGACCGAGCGGGAGCUGGCCGUACCGGAGCUCAAACCCCCACCCACCCCCCCCCCCCCCCCCCCCCCCCCCCUCGCCGCCGCCGUCGCUCUCGCGCCGCGGCAGGAGGGUGAUGAGAUCUUCGCGGGCGGGCCUCGCUCGGUCAUAAGAUGCUAGCCGGCGGCGUUGGCAGCAACAGAGGCGGCAGUUCCCAUCUCUCCUCCCCCUCCUCCCAGAGGGACCUACGCGGAGGCCGGAGCUUCCUCUUCGGGAACACCUGGUUCAUGCUCUCCGCCUACCCGGCGCGCCUGCUGCACACCGCGGACCGCCGCGCGCCCGCUGCCGCCUUCGUCGCCGCCGCCAUCCACCGGACGCCCCGGGUCGUGCGCGCGCACGGCGGCACGGGACAGGGCCUGCUGCAGCGGGGCAUCGUCAUGGCCGCCUGCGGCUACGCCUUCGGGCGGGCCGACCUGGGCGCCGCCGCCAAGCGCCAGCUGGAGAAGGACUCCUCGUCCGUGGCUGCCCACGCCUCGCGCAUCGUCGCCAUGGGGUCGGCUGGGAGCGCGGCCAGGCCCGAUGUCUCGUUCAGGUACCGGGGUCUGGAGUACUGUAAGAAGGUCGGCGUGAGCUUGAGAUGCCGCGAGCAGUGGGGGGCGGCUAGGACGUUCUGGACCAGUGCCGUUGGACCAGGCAGGCAGCUCAGCUUCUCGGUUGACCCUUGGGCUCGGGAUUUCAGCACGUCGUGUGCGGCGCCUUACUCUGCUGGAGCUACAGAGAGUCAACUGACUCUGGAUGAGGCAUUACAGGAGAAGCAGACGGAUAACUCCACCGUUGCCUCUGAUGAGAAGUCACCUGCUCCUGAAAAACUGAAGCUGGUCUCAGGUUCUUGUUACCUGCCUCACCCUGCUAAGGAGGCGACUGGUGGCGAGGAUGGUCACUUUAUUUGCGUUGAUGAGCAGGCGAUCGGUGUGGCAGAUGGUGUUGGUGGUUGGGCAGAUCACGGUGUUGAUGCUGGACUGUAUGCAAAAGAACUAAUGAGUAAAUCAAUGAGUGCUAUCAAGGAUGAACCGGAAGGCGCAAUUGACCCAUCAAGAGUUUUGGAGAAAGCUUUUACAGGCACCAAAGCAAGAGGAUCAUCAACUGCUUGCAUCAUCACUCUUAAAGAACAGGGUCUUCAUGCUGUAAAUCUUGGGGACAGUGGCUUCAUAGUGGUCAGAGAUGGACGCACUGUUCUCAAAUCACCUUCGCAGCAGCACGAUUUUAAUUUUACUUAUCAGCUCGAGAGUGGGGGUGGCAGUGAUCUUCCCAGUUCUGCUGACGUAUUUCACUACUCGGUUGCUCCUGGUGAUGUUAUCAUUGCUGGCACGGAUGGGCUUUUUGACAACCUGUAUGACAACGAAAUCACUGCCGUCGUUGUCGAGGCCCUCAGGAGUGGCCUCGGUGCCCAGGGCACAGCUCAGAAAAUCGCCGCCCUUGCUCGGGAGAGAGCGGAGGAUAAGCACAGGCAGUCGCCCUUUGCAGCCGCUGCUCAGGAGGCUGGGUACAGGUACUAUGGAGGGAAGCUCGACGACAUCACGGUCGUGGUGUCGUACGUGACGAGCGCCUCAGCCGUUUGAUGCGACGCUUCCAUUUUCUGUUGUAAUGUACAUAACCUUGCCCCAAACUCAUGGGAGCUCCUACGCCCCGGGGAGUAGAUUCCUAGGCUGGUUUAUUCGAGUGUUGGGGGAUCUCCUGACACCUUAAUGUUUUAGAGUAUUGAGAUUGCGCUUUGGCUCGGGAAAUCGUGGCGAAAAACCAUGUCUGCCCCACUGCUCAUUUAGCACUACAUGAGAUGCUUCUUGUAAACCCAUCCUUGGUGGAAGGAGAACCACCACGUGCUGGCAGAGUUUUGUUGUAGUUGCUAAACAUGUUUGCCUUCUCGUGCUGCUGAGAGAUAGGCUGUUGUGAGUUCUUACUGUGCGUUAGCUCACCAAGCUGUUGCGAACAAUCCCCUUAGAAAAGGUGCUGUAAACAAUUGAAUCAAAAUAAUGUAUCAAGACAAUUUUAUUUA